AUGAGGCUUCUUACCCGGCAAGCAGCAUAUACGAUUGCAAGAACGGCCUUUCGCAGUAAGGCACCAGUGUCCGACUUCAGCCGUGCUGGUGUUUCAACACUUCACGCCAAGAUCAACAGCCCGCCUCCAAGAAUCGUCAAAAGUCAAGGAUGUUGGCUGGAAACAGACCAAGGCGAUCGAAUCUUGGAUGCAUCUUCAGGUGCCGCUGUUGUUUCGAUCGGACAUAAUGAAUCGCGAGUGAAGGAUGCCAUUGCUGCUCAACUGGACCAGGUAGCAUACUGCUACAACCCUUUCUUCACGACAGAGGCAGCAGAGAAGAUUUCUAGCUUCUUGACCGAGUCUACUAAUGGGGCUAUGUCCAAGGUUUUCAUCGUUAGCUCGGGUACUGAAGCUGUUGAAGCAGCUUUAAAGAUCGCUCGUCAGUAUUUCACAGAGUUACCAACCCCGCAGCCAUCCCGGACGAAGUUUAUUGCUCGCAAGCAAUCGUAUCACGGAAACACGCUUGGAUCUUUGGCAGUGGGCGGCCAUAAAGCCCGACGUGGCGUGUACGAACCAAUUCUUGCAACCAAUGUGUCUCAUGUUUCUCCAUGCUACCCUUAUCGAGAGAUGAAAGCAGACGAAACAGAACAGCAAUAUGUUCAACGUCUAGCUAAAGAGCUAGAUGACGAGUUUCAGCGUCUCGGGCCUGAUACUGUUUGUGCCUUUAUCGCUGAAACUGUGUCUGGGACAUCAUUGGGCUGUGCGCCUCCAGUACCUGGGUACUUCAAAGCUAUCAAAGAAGUGUGUGAUCGCCACGGUGCUCUUCUGAUUAUGGAUGAAGUCAUGUCUGGAAUGGGGAGGACAGGCACGCUGCAUGCUUGGGAGCCGGAGGGUGUAGUGCCAGAUCUACAGACUGUUGCUAAAGGACUGGGAGCUGGCUACAUGCCCGUGGGGGCCUUGCUCGUCGGUAACAAAGUUACAGACACCCUUGCAAAUGGGUCAGGAGCUUUCUCUCACAGUCAAACUUAUCAAGGACACCCUGUUGCAUGUGCUGCCGCGUAUGCUGUGCAGACUGUUAUGAAAGAAGACAACAUGCUGCAGAAUGUGCAAAAUAUGGGUAAAUUGCUGGGUGACAAUCUUAAAGAGAGGCUAGGAGGUCACAAGAAUGUGGGAGAUGUCCGUGGAAGAGGACUUUACUGGGGUUUGGAAUUUGUUUGGAAUAAAGAGACGAAGGAGCCUUUUGAUCUGAGUGAACAAGUCGCUGGACAGCUGCACAAGGCUGGGUUGGGAGCCGAUCAUGGUAUUUCAUUGAUUCCAUCUACUGGCUGCCUGGACGGUGUUCGAGGAGAUAUGGUGAUUGUCUCUCCUCCUUUCACAAUCACGAAGGAGGAGAUCGAGUUGCUGGUUGACAAGGUCGAAAAAGUAGUUAUUUCUGUCCUGGGAUCAUAG